UCGGGGAGCGCUUCGCCCAGCGCCGCGGGCGCCUGCUGCCCUGAGCGCUGCCGUGCCGGGAGGCGCGGGGGGCCGGGGCCGCGAUGCGCAGAGAUGGGGCCUGUGGCUGCUCCCGCGUGGGCUCGUAGUGCCCGCUCGGCGCUGAGUGCCCGGGUGCCGGGGAGGUGCGUGUAGGAGAGAGGCGCCAGUGGCGCUGGAUUUUAUCCCGGUGUAGAGGUGCAGGCAGACAGGGGUUCAGGUGUGUUGGGGUGUGUUUUGUUUUUUUUUCCCCUCUCGUUGCCUACAUCAGCUUCUUUGCCCGUUCCCCUCCCCCCCUCAAUUUUUUUUUUUUAAUUUUUGGGUGAGGUGGGAGCCCGGGGUGCCUGAUUUUCCUUCAGCUGAGCAGUGCAGUUGCAGCGGUAGCGGUGAAAUCCUGCUCCUCCUGUGAGCUCGAGCCAGGAAAAUGGAGGCUGUGAUAGAGAAGGAAUGUAGUGCGCUCGGAGGGCUCUUCCAGACCAUCAUAAGCGACAUGAAGGGAAGUUAUCCAGUGUGGGAAGAUUUUAUAAAUAAAGCUGGGAAACUGCAGUCUCAGCUUCGGACGACAGUAGUAGCAGCUGCUGCCUUUUUGGAUGCCUUUCAGAAAGUGGCUGACAUGGCUACUAAUACACGUGGUGGUACCAGAGAGAUUGGGUCUGCUCUCACUAGGAUGUGUAUGAGGCACAGAAGUAUAGAGUCCAAACUCCGGCAGUUCUCAAGUGCUUUAAUUGACUGUCUGAUAAACCCACUUCAAGAACAGAUGGAAGAGUGGAAGAAAGUGGCCAAUCAGCUGGAUAAAGACCAUGCAAAAGAAUACAAAAAAGCCCGCCAAGAGAUAAAAAAGAAAUCAUCUGAUACACUGAAGCUACAGAAGAAAGCAAAGAAAGCUGAGGCUCUGGGACGGGGUGACAUUCAGCCCCAGCUGGAUAGUGCUUUACAAGAUGUCAAUGAUAAGUACCUGCUGCUUGAAGAAACUGAGAAGCAAGCUGUCAGAAAGGCUCUGAUUGAGGAGCGUGGUCGAUUCUGUGCUUUCAUCUCGAUGCUGCGCCCUGUGAUCGAAGAAGAAAUAUCAAUGCUAGGAGAAAUAACCCAUUUGCAAACCAUAUCAGAUGACCUGAAAAGUCUCACCAUGGAUCCACACAAAUUGCCAUCCUCGAGUGAACAGGUAAUUUUAGAUUUGAAGGGUUCUGAUUACAGCUGGUCUUACCAGACUCCUCCAUCCUCUCCCAGUACUACCAUGUCCAGAAAAUCUAGUGUUUGCAGCAGUCUGAACAGCGUUAACAGUAGUGAUUCCCGGUCCAGUGGCUCGCACUCGCACUCACCUAGUUCACACUAUCGCUAUCGCAGCUCCAAUCUGCCUCAGCAGGCACCCAUGAGGCUGUCCAGUGUGUCCUCCCAUGAUUCUGGAUUCAUGUCCCAGGAUGCAUUCCAGUCCAAAUCGCCAUCCCCUAUGCCACCAGAAGCACCUAACCAGUUGUCUAAUGGGUUUUAUCACUGUAGUUUAUCAAGUGACCCAUCCGUAGCUUCAGUUGGUGCAGGUCCUUUCCCUCAUUUCCCGCCUGUCUCCCGCACGUGGACUCGGGCUCCCUCAGCCCUCCUUCCAGACUACGUUCAUUAUUACACCAUUGGGCCAGGCAUGUUACCAUCAUCUAAGAUCCCUAGCUGGAAGGACUGGGCCAAGCCAGGCCCUUACGAUCAGCCCAUGGUGAACACAUUGCAACGUCGCAAAGAAAAGCGUGAGCCAGAUCUCAAUGGAGCAGCUCCCAGCGGAGCCCCUGCGCCCCCUGAGGAGGCCCAGAGACCUCGGAGCAUGACGGUGUCAGCUGCCACAAGGCAGGGUGAGGAGAUGGAGGCCUGUGAGGAGCUGGCACUCGCUCUGUCCAGAGGGCUGCAGUUGGACACCCAGAGGAGCAGUCGGGAUUCCUUACAGUGCUCCAGUGGCUACAGCACCCAGACAACAACUCCGUGCUGUUCAGAGGACACGAUCCCAUCUCAAGUUUCAGAUUAUGAUUAUUUCUCUGUGAGUGGUGACCAGGAGGCAGAACAACAGGAGUUUGACAAAUCUUCCACCAUCCCAAGAAACAGUGACAUUAGCCAGUCCUAUCGCAGAAUGUUUCAAACCAAGCGUCCCGCUUCCACCGCAGGUCUGCCGACCACGCUGGGACCGGUCAUCGUCACACCCGGCGUCGCCACCAUCCGGCGGACCCCUUCCACCAAGCCUUCGGUCCGGCGCGGCACCAUCGGCGGAGGCCCCAUUCCCAUCAAGACGCCGGUGAUUCCUGUCAAAACGCCAACUGUCCCCGAUAUCCCGGGGGGGCUGCCUGGUGCCCUCACCGGGACAGAAGAGUGUCCCGAGCAAAGUCUGGAGUCUCCAGCAGCAGGAGAUGGUGGGCAAGCUGUCACCAGCAUGCCCUCGUGGAGCGGGCAAGCGUCUGUCAACCCUCCGGCGUCGGGCCAGAAACUGGGUGCUGGCGAGGAGCAGAGGCAGGCGGUCCCGGAGAGCGAGGGGGACGAGAGCGAGCGGGAUGGUGUCGGCAGCCUGGGCCCCGCGGGGCAGGCGGAGCUGGAGCCCGGCGAGCUGAGCCCCGGCGAUGUCCCGCAGGGGGAGGAUAUGCUCAACGCCAUUCGGCGCGGCGUCAAGCUGAAGAAGACUACCACGAACGAUCGCUCAGCGCCUCGUAUUUCCUAG